GAGGCUGGGUCAUUACGUGCGAGGGAAGAUCACUGAGCAUUUCGAUGCAAGUAAUAGAAAAUUGGGAGGAGUGGAGGUAGCAGUUGCUGGAGUGUCUGUAGUGAUCUCUCACGCUCAUCCAGCUGAUGCCACGGCGGCGGACUCUUCUCACCGCGUCCGUGACACGUUCCCUUUCGCUCGAAUUUUUUGUGUUUCUUUAAGUUCCAUCUCUCGCACUUGCUUCUUUCUUUCUGUGUCGGUUAUCUGUAACCUGCCUAACUUGGCAAUUGGGCGUAAAUUGUGUGUUUUAAGUUCUUGUUGCUGCUGCUUGUGGAAUUGUACCAAUGGAGAACUCUGGGAACCAGCAGGAGGCGGUGAUGCCGCCAAUUGAGGGUGUUGCAGGAGGCGGGACGGCAUAUGGAUGGAGUGACACUGGGAUUAGGGAUCCAUCUUUGCUCAGGGGUUCGAUUGAUCCCCAGAAAGUUCAUUCAUCAGAAUUAGUACAUGUUUGGUGCAUGCCCAACACUGCCAAUGUUGGACCUCAGGACAUGCCUCACAAACUAGAGCCUAUUUCUCUUUUAGCUGCGAGAAAUGAGAGGGAAAGCGUCCAGAUAGCCAUGCGCCCAGCAGUUUCUUGGGCUGGAUCUAGUAUUGCUGGGACAGUGCAGGUUCAUUGUAGUGAUCUGUGCUCCACUUCUGGUGAUAGAUUGAUGGUUGGUGAAUCAGUGAAGGUAAGGCAAGUAGUGCCUAUUCUGGGUGUUCCAGAUGCUCUUGUGCCGCUAGAAGUACCACUCUCUACAGUUGCACUUUUUCCUGGAGAGACAACAGCAAUAUGGGUUUCAGUUGAUGUCCCUAACACACAGCCGCCUGGUCAGUAUGAAGGAGAAGUCACUAUAAUGGCUACCAAAGCUGACACAGGGUCUGUAGCACAAUGUGUGGGUAAAGCUGAGCGGAAUGAACUAUACAAAGAAUUAAGGAGUUGUCUUGACACUAUUGAUCCUAUUGAUGGAAAACCUUUGGAUGAAGUGGUUGAAAGAGUGAAAUCUGCAUCUUCAUCUUUGAGAAGAAUGCUUUUAUCCCCGUCAUUUGCAGAUCUCCAUUUGGAUAAUGGAUCAGUUCAUGCUAUGGACGAGGAUGCCAUUUCAAAUCUUUCAAUUCGGGUGAAGCUCAAUUUAACUGUAUGGGAUUUCAUUCUUCCGGCUACACCUUCUCUUCCAGCUGUCAUCGGUAUAUCCGAUACAGUGAUUGAAGACCGAUUUGGUGUUGAACAUGGAACUAGCAAAUGGUAUGAGGCACUUGAUGAGCAUUUCAAGUGGUUGCUUCAGUAUAAAAUCAGUCCAUAUUUUUGCAGAUGGCGUGAAAAUAUGCGUGUUCUAACCUACACUUGCCCAUGGCCAGCUAAUCAUCCAAAGUCAGAUGAAUAUUUUUCCAAUCCCAGACUUGCAGCAUAUGCUGUACCAUAUGGUCCAGUCGGCACAGGUGAUUCAACAGAGGAUUUUCUAAGAAAGGAGGUUCAGAUAUUAAGAAGAAAGGAUCAUUGGAAAAAAGCGUACUUCUAUUUGUGGGAUGAGCCACUAAACCUCGAACAUUAUGAAGCUAUUCGUGACAUGGCAAGUGAAAUUCAUGCUUAUGCUCCUGAUGCUCGUAUUAUGACAACUUAUUAUUGUGGUCCAAAUGAUGCACCACUGGCUUCUAACAAUUUUGAGUCUUUCCUAAAAGUUCCUGAGUUUCUUCGACCACAUAAUCAGAUAUAUUGCACAAGCGAAUGGGUCAUUGGAAACCGUGAAGAGUUGGCACGGGAUAUCAUUGAAGAAAUAAGGGCCGAAAGUGGUGAGGAGUGGUGGACUUAUGUAUGCAUGGGACCAUCGGAUCCUCAUCCUAAUUGGCACUUGGGGAUGCGAGGCACACAACACCGUGCCGUAAUGUGGCGUGUAUGGAAAGAGGGGGGAACAGGCUUUCUAUACUGGGGAGCCAACUGCUAUGAGAAGGCAACAGUUCCUAGCGCAGAGAUUAGGUUUAGGCGUGGUCUCCCUCCUGGUGAUGGAGUCUUAUAUUACCCUGGUCAAGUCUUCUCAUCUUCUCAGGAACCUGUUGCUUCUUUACGAUUAGAGCGGCUUCUAAGUGGUUUACAGGACAUUGAGUAUCUCAAACUCUACUCUUCAAAAUUCAGCCGAGAAGAAGCGCUUCACCUGUUGGAGAACACCGGCAUGUACUCAGGUCCCGAGCGGUAUACCCACGAUCACAUGCCCAUCGACGUCAUGCGGGGUGAAGUUUUCAGAAAAUGCCAGGCCCAGAGUAACAUCUAAUCUGCACCUCACUACUCUUAUGUAGAAACUUUAUAUGUCCCUUAGCAAUAUGGUCUCUAUGUCUAUGUAUGGUUUGUCUAUGUCACGAUAUGUUCCAGACUUCAGAAACCACCUCUUUAAUGAUAUGUAUCUAAUAGGUAAAAACUCUUUACUCUUUGCACUUUGUGGCCAAUGGAAAAUAGAUUGAAUCUGAGAUUUCA